AUGGCCAACGGAAAGCCCAAACCCGCUGUCAAAAUGAUCGAACCCAAAGACACCGGCCAUCAAUGGCGCGUGACUGCACUCGGAGAUGGUGCUGUUGGAAAGACCUCGAUUGCGGUUCAGUUUACUUUGCAUUCUUUUACUGAUACCGCUGACGCGGCUUAUGAUCCUACAAUCGAAGAUGCGUAUCGCAAGCAAACUAUAGUAGAUGGAAGCGUCUGCCACAUCGAAAUCGUUGACACUGCCGGCCAGGAGGAGUACUCAACGCUUCGCGACCAAUGGGUUCGUGAAGGCCAAGGAUUCAUUCUCGUAUACUCGAUUACCGAACGUCGCUCGUUUGAGCGAAUGGAGACAUUCCGGCAGGCACUCCUACGAGCCAAGUCCCGCCAGCCACCCUUGUUUAUGCUUGUUGGCAAUAAGUGCGACCAAACUUACGAACGCCAGGUCCUGAAGCAAGAAGGCGAGAAUCUCGCCCAACAAUGGGGGUGUGAAUUCAUGGAAACAAGCGCGCGAACAGGCCAGAACAUCGAGAAGUUAUUCAUCCAUUUGAUUCGCUCCCUCCGGCUUGUACGUGACGGUGCCGAGCUCCCACCCGAUGGCGGCGCUCCGAAAAAGCCGAGCGGUGGCUCUCAGAAAGGUUCGAAAAAACCUUCGCGCCCAGGAGGAAAGAGGGGGAUAUGCGUUAUUUCAUAG